AUGGUGCCGCCAAAUGGCAAUGCCCCAGGUCGCAAGGCUGCCAAGGCUGCCGUCAGCCAGCAGCAGCAGCAUGCAAAACCUGUCGUGCCUGCUUUGCCUCUAUCCUAUGCAAAGCGUAAAGCAGCGUCGGCAGCCAAGGGCCAUGCGGUCGCCGCCCUCCCGACGCAAGCACUGUCCAAAAGCUUGCAGGCACCUCUGACCAAGCCUGACGUCAAUGGCAGCACCUCGCAAGACACUGCUGCGGGAAGCAACACUGUGCCUGCUGAUAUCGCUCCGGAGCUCGAGCCCGAGUCGUUGGCAUCGGCGGCUGGGCAACGCAGUUUGCACUCGGAUGAAAAUGGCCAAGUCGGACCCAAUGUUGGCAAUCAUCAAACUCUACCGCCUGACAUGGACGGCAAAGUGUCCUCCCCCCUGGCCGCGGCGAAUCUGUCAAACGGAAACGAUCUGUCCGAGCAAAAAUCUGCGGCUGACCCCUCAAUACCACGAAAGAAAGUUGAAUUACCCGCCGAAUCAUCACCGAGGUUGAAUACCGCUGCAUCAAAGAAUGGGCCAGAGCAAGGUUCAGGCCAUCAUGAUUAUGUCCAAGUCGCCAAAAGUCGUCUGUCCCCAGCCAUCUCUCCACGCUAUCAGAUGCCUCCCCCUUUCCAACCUGCCAACGAGACGUACGGGAUGGUAAACAACGGUGACAUUGCUCUUGGCUCGAGGCCUCCGCUGUCCAGCGGCCCGGCACAUGUGCAUCAUUCUCAUCCGAGUAAUGGUAGCAUUCACUUUGGCACCUUUGAAGAUUCUCAAAACACCUCUCCGGCGCCCCCUCACACCGGGGGGGUUGUGCCUCCGCCUCCGAUACCCCCUGCCGACGCCCGUUCCGGGUACAUGGCCCCGACGGCCAAUGGGUUUCCGCCAAUGAUGCCCUACGGUGCAGACAUGAUGCAAACAGCGGCCUUUGAAAGCUAUGGCCAUCCAGCCGUUGGCUUCGCGCCCAUGGAUGCAUUCCCGCCCUAUGGCAACAAUUUCGGGCCUUCUACGCCUCAUAGCUUUCACGACUCCCAAUCUUCAGGUCAGCCCGAAGAAAACGGCGUGUACCAUCAUUACCCGGCGGCGAACGGACAUCGAAAUGGUGGUGUAGGUCCCGGCGACGUCAACAACCACAGUCACAAUCAUCAAGGCAGGUUGUUUGGACAGCCAGAGUAUCCCAGAAUGGUACAUGCCCAUGGCAUCCCUCCUCACAUGACCAUGCACGAGGACAGCGGGGACGGGUUGGUCGGUUACAUGCAGCAGCAGUUUGGUUCUGCCGAAGUUGCCGACUGCUUCCUGGAGCUGAGGUAUGUUGACGACAGGGCUCCACCUGUUCGCAUACCCGGCCAUCGCUUGGUGUUUGCUCGCAGCAGUGCGCUCGUGGCCCUCCUCCGGCAGCAGGCGGUGCCGCUUGGGGCCGAUGGGCCUGCCCCUACCCUGCUUCUAGAGACGGGGUGUAAAUGGCUGAGGUCCGACUCGUUCUACAUGGCUGUCCAGAGGCUGUACGGUUUACCGCUUCUCCCCAUGCCGCCGCGCGGCCGGGCUGACUCCCCCGGUCUCGUCAACGCAGGCAGCACAACUGAGCAGCUUGACUUUGCCUUGGCCUACGCCGCGGCUGGUCAUUUGCUGGGGUGGGGCCCGGUUCUCCGUCGCGGAUGCGAGAUUGCGACUCAGCUGCUGAGUUGGCAUUCCCUAGAGAGAGUCAUGGAAUUCGCGCUUGAGGGCUACAUUGACGACGGAUCACGGCCGGAAUUCUUCAAAUACGGUGAGGGCUCGCAUGUUCUGCUCAACGCGUUGGCGACUUUUAUCGUGCACAACCUUCCGCCGACUUUUACGCUGGACACAUUGACGGAAAAUCCGAGUCGUUGCGCUCGUAUACCAGACUAUCCGCCGCCGCCGCCGCCGCCGCCGCCGGCGGUGGUGACUGCGAAGAAGCAGCCGGCGCCUGUGGUUGCGAGGGGGUCGUCUGUGCAACUAGGAAAGGGUCGGCGAUCCCAGCAGAUUGCCGGCAUUCAGUUUGGCGACCUGUCGAUCACAGACGACGGCAACGCGAGAGAAUCGGAGACGCCCAAAGCAACGCGACAAGCUCAACCCGUACCGCACGCGGUUCUGUCGCGGGCCCUCAUCAACCUUCCCUUUUCGCAGCUCAAGAAAAUCCUCGAGUCGGCCGGUUCGGGCAACGUCAACGGAUGGGCCAAUGUGGAGUCACGGUAUCGAAUCAUUCGAAAGGCCGUCGAGGAGCGCGAGGCUCGCCGUCUCGAGGCUCUCGAUGCAGUUUUGAGAGGACGCGUUCCGGACACUGAGCAUGUGCGGGCUGCACUCCGAAACCCCAACCCACAAGACAUGGGUCCGUGGAGCGUAGUGGGAUGGAAGGAAGAGAUUCUGCCAUACGGCAACGCAGAUGGGCCGUCUCUUGGACGCAAGUGGAUCCCGUACUCGGAACAGGUGAGCGAGCCGGCAGCUGCGUACCCUUGA